AGUGCAGUACAGCACUUCCUUUGACAUAAAGUUAUUUAUGACAAAUAUGGAUAUGUGUCAGUUUGUCACUUUCAUGGUCAUGUAGUGAAGAUCUAUUCAGCUACUGAAUAAACUGUCGUGAAGAUAGCUAAAUGUUUUUACGAUUUAGAUUUAGAGAAAACGUACCAACAAGGGACGACGAGUUUGUCACUUUCCCCAUCGACAACCAUCUUGACCAAAUCCGGUCCUGCUCUGCUAAACAUCAUGUAAACGACCGUGACAGGACGUUCCUGUCAGAAACCCUGCCUGUUUUAACGUAAUUUACGGUAGAUACGCAGAUGAAAGACCGCCCUCCCCACAAGCAGUGGUAUAAUUAAAGCAGUGCGUGCCGUUGAAACAGUCUGCUUUGAGAAUAAGGGUCUAGAUAAGCAAGCAAGUAAAUACUCUGUGUUCCCAACAUCAUUUUUAACAGUCUGAUUUGCUCUUUGAUUCUGUUCACAAUGGCACAGGUAAACAGAUGUCUGAAACAGCUGUUCUUUGGAUUCAACAUGUUGUUAGGGAUUGCAGGGUGUGUCCUAUUGGUUUUGGGAGUGAUGGCAGCGCCACAUAAUACAGAGCAUGACCAAGGAGAGUGCAUUGGCUUGACAUGGAUUAUAUCGACUGCAGUUGUUUCUGUGCUGCUCUCUUUACUUGGAGCAUAUGGUGCAUACCAAGAGAACAUUGUGAUCCUGAGAUUGUUCCUUGGAAUAAUAGGCUUUGGAUCAAUCCUUUUUCUUAUUUUGGGAUUUAAAGUGGCUCGUUCAAUGCCUGAGGCCAUGCAACUGAUUAAAGAAAACCUCCCUGCAAUUACAUCAGAAAUGAUGGCUGAUGCAGAGCAGCGACAAACUAUCAUGGCUCUACAAGUACAAGGUAAGUGUUGUGGAAUAAUGAGUUACAGAGACUGGGAUAGCAAUAUUCCAGAGACCUGUCAAUGUUCUAGUUUCAAGUCAGACCCAUCCAAAUGUAUGGAGGUUCAAAUGACUAAAGAUGGCGGCAACUGGGGAAGAUCUGACAAAUCUGAAAUGAUGUGGAUCUACAGAGAGCCCUGUGGUCCUCUCAUCUUGGAGAACUUCGACUCAGCUUUUAAGACCGUACUUGGAUUCUUCCUUGGAUUCGGUUUGUAUGCUUGUAUUGGGCAAGUGUUAUCCGGUGUGAUGAUUCGUCAGGUCAAGAAGGUACAGUCUACUGACGUCCCUGAGACUAUAGAAGAUGGACAUCGUUUCACACCGCAAUUCCAGGCAAUUCGCCAUGUGGAGGGAGUUGAACCGACGACCUUCUACCCAUAACCAGGGAUGAGGUCAGGGUUUCAGGGUUUUUGGCAUCCUGGCAAGCCGGCGAGGAGUAGAAGGUGCUUGAACAACGUGAGAUGAGGUGCAACCAGAUAAAGAAUACGAGUGUUAGGGAACGAAAAGGCACAACUCACUGCUCACAGUUACAAAUUAUGUCGUUUUGGAGUCACUGUUAUUGUAAAUCAAAUAUGUUUUAAUGAAUAAUCCUGAAUGAAUCGUGAGUACGGAUGAGUGAGUAACUUACAGAGGCGCUAAUAUCACAACUCACAGUUAUAAACAUGACGCUUCGUUUAUCUCAUUUGUGUAUAACAUUAUUCAUAUAUUUUUAAAUCAUAAUAAAGUUUAGUCCAUAG